UCCUCAUUUUCGCGGUCACACGGAAUAUUUUUUGCUUAAUUUUCUUUCUUUAUUUUUGGUUUUCCAUUGAGCAAAAUUAAUCGAGCUCCACGGCUUGAGUGCUAUGUAGCUAUGGUGGUGAAAAAGUGCCCAGAUUGUGACCAAACGUUGCCAGUGGCCUGCAAGUCUUGUCAUUGUGGACACGUAUUCAUCAGCAGAAAACAGAUCAUGUCUGCUCAAGAUAAGUCUGAUAAUGGUGAUGGAAGUCAGCGAGAUCAGCGGCUGCGACCAGAAGUCCCAAAAAGAGAAAUAAAAGAUUUUGAUUACGAUUUUGGAAGUAAAACAAAUCCACUGUCGCUUGAAGCAGGACCAAGUCAGGAAAAACCCAACCCCACAAAAGUCUUGAUACUAGAAAACCACUCAUACAGUACUGUAGGGAACACUGUCGAUGGAGCUGCAAGAAGUUAUAUCACCAUACCACAGCCCAUGUCAAAUGAGCUUUUAUAUAUGACUGAUUUCAAGCGUAAACGAGGUCGUCCUAAAGGCUCCAAGAACAAGCCUAAACCUGUGGUGCAACCUGGAGAAGAAGGACCCGAAAAUGAACAGUCUCUUUUAAAUGGCUCUCAGAAUACUGAUGGAGACACGUCCAAGAGGAAGAGAGGACGUCCUAAAGGAUCUAAAAACAAACCCAAGGACCCGUUACUGUUAAAAUCAGCCAAAGGAAGCCAAGGUACAGAUGGGUGGAGCUCUGAUCAACCUGAUGACUCUUACCCUGAACCACCACUARAUGCAAUGCCGCACAUAUCGAAAGAAAAGGCAAUAUCAUACUCUAUUGUGUUAUCAGAUAUUAACCAAAAGAUGAUGAAGCAGUCAUCAAUGAACUUUGUUUAGAAUGAGUUACUAGUUCCUAAUAGUAUCCACGCCUACUCUAAUUGCAAGAAGAGCUUUCAUCUCAUUACCAGCCUGUAAUGUUAAGCCCGUUUACACUGGCGAUUUUUGCUGCGAUUUUUGUGGCAAUUUUCGGAAAUAUGAAAUCUUUUGUCUCAUCCUUCAAAAGAGACACUCGUCUAGGAAAAUCUUGGUAUCCUGAAAAAAACUUUACAAGUAAAUUCUUUACCAUUAUUUAUUAUGGACAAAAUGGGGGCUUCAGGUACACACUUCCCCCAUGUUCUUUCAACCAGAGAGAAUUCUAUUACUUGGUAUCAAUCAGCUGAAUGGCUUAUUAAAAGCCUACAGUUACAAGCAAAUGAAUCUCUGCAGUGACAUUGCAUCUCUUCCUAUCAUAAUUUUAUAUCAUCAGUUGAGUCCCUGUGAGCAGAAGGUAUAUAUUUUCUGGAACUACAAGAUAUAGACCCCUUGCACUAAACCCAGUCAAAAUGAUGAACAAUAUUAACAUCAAAAAUGAAUGGAAAUAAUUAUUUUGUUUUGACCCCAGAUUGGGAAUUAGCUAGUGCAAGGCAAUCUAUACCUUUUCAUCCAUUGAAAAAUUCCAAACCCUAUAUAUAUAUUCCAGGGCAGGCGUGGAUAUUUUUUGGAACUACACAAUAUAAGCAAAGGCUUUGUACACUAUCAGUAGUAUUCUGAUAUUCAGAGACAAAUAUUUAGAUUUUUUGUAAUUAUAUAUUAUACUCAAUCCCAAGUCUCAGAUAUUUUUCCAGCUUUUUUCUGCAUUUCAUUAUUAUAAUAAUUAUUACAUUUCCUUGUUCAGGGUCCAGUUGUACUGAGGGUAUCGUGACCCCUUGGACAAUCAGUGUCAGAAUUAUAAUUAUAGUGUGGAGUAGUUGGUUAUAAUAGCAAAUUUUCAGGCACUCCUGGACAGGAAAAGG